AUGUCUAUCGAUUUGCACUACACCACGAAAGCUUCUCCCCUCGACUUCACACUGAAAGACCCUCCUGCUAUUAUUGUUCCCAGCAGCGCUCUAGAACCGGUAUCUGCAACUCGGAGACACUCCAGAGACAUCCUCGAUACGAUACGCGAUCUAUCCAAGGUCACGACCUUGUCCAUCUACAUCGAAGCAUGCGACGCGCCGAAUGAAUUGCAAGAUAUUAGCGACGCAGUCGGCCAAGGCCUGUUUACCUCUUGCAAUACACAACACCAAAUAGCCAGCAAGUAUGGCGGAGUCGGAGGGAAACUCAUCGAUCUUUCAGUCCCGGUACUACCACCAUCAUACGACGAAGCGGCAACGUCUCCACCUCCGCCUCCACCUCCGCCUCCCCCGAUCGAUCGAAGCAGCAAAAAGCGUGCUCGUCUAGACAGCGAUCCUGAACGUGAUGACGAUAUUACCCCUCUGGGCCGAAUUCCGCACUCGCGAAAUCUCUCAAGACGGACACCAUGA